CGUAAGGGUUGGGCGACCAGCUGACGGUGAAAUUAGAAGCAGUUAGAGCAAGGCUGAGGAGUCGGAGAUCCACGAGCUAAAAGGACCCAUUCCUUCUAGCUUCUCCAUCAACAGCCUGUCGUUACCUUGCAUUGUGUUGUCGUCCGGCGAACUGCAGACGAUGAAGAGUCACGCUCUCGUCCCGCGGUCAGCGAGCUUCCGACCGGAGACUCUUGGGCAGAAUGCCGUCCAACUUAUUGGCAACCUCUGUUUCUCCCUGUUCGUACUCGGCGUCCUCGCCUUCACCAUUAUUGCCGCCACAUACCAGCCUGAAGAUCCUCUUCUCCACCCAUCCACCAAGCUUUCUUCCUUCCUCACCUCCACAUCAAAUGCCACCUUCCGCUCAGACGAUUCCGCUGCUCACACCGGCGACGACUUCCUCUCCCCUAACUCUACCUCUGACUCCUCCGCUGCCAUUACCCUCUCCCACAUCAACAGCUCCACGAAAACCUCGCAGGUCGCUGUGGACUCUGCUGCCGCGGUCGGAGAUGAGGCGACCGACUCUUCCACUUCCGCUGUUUGUGCCGAUGGUCCAAUCGACUGCACCGAUACGGAGGUCUUCCACUCAAUGAUGCGCGCCGCCAUUGAAAUGUUCCGCAACAUUCACUUCUAUCGCUUUGGCAAGCCGGCGCGUGGCGGUGAAGAUGGCAAGUCCUGCGAUAUGGCCUGGCGUUUCCGCCCUGAGGAGGCAAAGCGGGCCGGCUUCUAUAAAGACUACCGCCGGUUCGAUAUCGUCCGAUAUGCCAACUGUACCUAUUCUGUCGUCAAGGUCGGCGAGUACCAUUCCGGCAUCAACGCUCGCAAGAAGCGCAAGACAACCCAAGGCGGCGAUUUCAAAGCCAAGGACGCUGCCGAUUCUCUUUCUGGAAUGGUCCUUCCGGUGAUCGGUGAGGCGGUGAACGAUACCCUUCCGGUGGUGGAGUCCGAGAGCAAGUUCAGCAGCGGCAAGUACUUGAUCUACACUGGAGGCGGCGACCGCUGCAAGAGCAUGAACCAUUACCUUUGGAGUUUCCUCUGUGCGCUUGGGGAAGCUCAAUAUUUGAACCGUACGCUUGUCAUGGAUCUUAGCAUUUGCCUCAAUUCCAUGUACAGUUCGAGUAAUCAGGACGAGGAGGGGAAGGAUUUUAGAUUCUACUUCGAUUUUGAGCAUCUAAGAGACUCAGCCUCGGUCCUUGACCAGCUCCAAUUUUGGGAGGAUUGGAGUAAAUGGCAGAAGAAGAAUAAGCUGAGGCUUUAUUUGGUGGAGGACUUCAAGAUCACACCCCUGAAGUUGGCUGAAGUGAAGGAUUCUUUGAUAAUGAGGAAGUUUGGGACGGUAGAACCGGAUAACUAUUGGUACAGGGUUUGCGAGGGAGAGACAGAAUCCGUGAUUCUGCGGCCGUGGAACCUAAUUUGGAAGUCCAGGAGGUUAAUGGACAUAGUUGCAAGUAUAGCUUCGAGACUGAAUUGGGAUUAUGAUGCAGUCCAUGUAGUCAGAGGCGAGAAAGCAAAGAACACUCAACUAUGGCCAAAUCUUGCUGCUGACACUUCACCUGAUGCUCUGCUUUCUGGUAUUCGCAACAAGAUUGAUGAUGGAAGAAACCUUUAUGUUGCCACUGAUGAGCCUGACACCACAUUUUUUGACCCUUUGAAGGAAAGGUACACUACUCACUUCCUUAAUGAUUUCAGAGACUUGUGGGAUGAGAACAGUGAGUGGUAUCUUGAGACGAUGAAGCUAAACAAUGGGGUUCCUGUCGAGUUUGAUGGGUACAUGAGGGUGGAGGUGGAUACUGAGGUGUCCUUGAGGGCUAAGAAGCACAUUGAGACCUUCAAUGAUCUCACAAAUGACUGCAAAGAUGGUAUCAAUACAUGUAGAAAGGCUUCUUGAUUAUUGAUGGGCGAAGGCAUAUUGGAAAUGACAAGGUCCCAGUUGAGUAGGACCAGCUGAUAAGGGUUGGAGUCCAUAUUGUAGGUAUGUAUUUCAUAUAUAAGUAUAUUCUUUUGAUAAUCCAGUUAGUUCUACAUGCAUGUUGGGUUUGUACGAGAGAAUUAUAUUUGGAUUGCUGUCAGUUAUUCAUUUGAUGAAAUGAAAUGAAUGAUGAUGAAAAUAUUUAUGUUUA